AUGUUUAGACAUAGUUUGACCAAGAGAACUCUAGCUACUGUAGCCACGACCGAAAAAAUGUUGCCAAAGAAGUAUGGUGGUCGUUACACUGUUACUUUGAUUCCAGGUGAUGGUGUUGGUAAGGAAGUUACCGACUCCGUUGUCUCCAUCUUUAAAGCUGAAAAUGUUCCAGUAGACUGGGAUAGAGUGGACAUUUCCGGUGUUGACAGAGCUGAAGACGUUAAAUCUGCUGUUGAAUCCUUGAAGAGAAACAGAAUUGGUCUUAAGGGUAUCUGGCAUACCUCUCCAGCUGAUCAAGCUGGUCACGGUUCCUUGAACGUUGCUUUGAGGAAAGAACUUGACAUCUACGCCAAUGUUGCGCGUUUCAAGUCUAUUCCAGGUGUUCAAGUUAAAAUCCCAGACGUGGACUUGGUUGUCAUCAGAGAAAACACUGAAGGUGAAUUCUCUGGUUUGGAACACGAAUCCGUUCCAGGUGUUGUCGAAUCUCUAAAGAUCAUGACUCAAGAUAACAUUGAAAGAAUCGCCAGAUUUGCAUUCGAUUACGCCAAGAAGAAUGACAGAAAGCAAGUGGUUGCUGUUCACAAGGCCAACAUUAUGAAGAUGGGUGAUGGUCUUUUCAAGAACCUAGUCCAAGAAGUUGGUGAAAAGGAAUACCCAGAAUUACAAGUUGGUAACAUUAUCGUCGACAAUGCAUCAAUGCAAACUGUUGCUAAUCCACAUCAAUUUGACGUUUUGGUUACUCCAUCUAUGUACGGUACAAUCUUGGGUAACAUCGGUGCCGCUUUAAUUGGUGGUCCAGGUCUAGUGGCAGGUGCCAACUAUGGUAGAGAUGUUGCAUUGUUUGAACCUGGUUCUAGACACGUCGGUCUAGAUAUCAAGGGUCAAAAUGUUGCAAACCCAACUGCUAUGAUCUUGUCAUCUGUUCUAUUGCUAAACCAUUUGGGUCUAAACACUUCUGCUGAUAGAAUCUCGAAGGCAGUUCACGCAGUUAUCGCUGAAGGUAAAUCAGUUACCAGGGAUAUCGGUGGUACUGCUUCUACUACCGAAUUCACAGAAGCUGUUAUCAACAAAUUGGCUACUUUGUGA